CUUCUUCCUCUAUUACUUAAUUCCAAUUCUUUUUGGUUAUUAAUAUUAAACUAGUGAAGUAGUAGAGCCAAUCCUCUAUUCUUUCACUAUCAUCGUACUGAGUAAGAAUCUUUAUCCUCAUUCUAAACGUACGUACGUAAAUUAUAAUUAGUAAAAAAAUCUUCUGUUUUGUUCCUCUGUUUCAUAGUAUUUGUUCAAAGACAACAACAACAACAUGGGCUCAACCUCAACUUUCUAUCAGGGUUUGCAAUCCUGCAUGGAGCCACAACUACCUCACCAACAUUGUUUUCUAAUAAGCAAAUCAUGUCCUCCUAGAUUAAUUUUUUCCCAAUCUAAUACGUCUUUGAAAAAGACAGAAACAGGAGAUGAUGGAUUGUCUGAGCAGCACAGCAAUGUUGAUAACAGUAUUGGUGGUUGGAGUUUCAUACAAGAUCUUUCUAACCCGAAAAAAGAUGAUUAUGAAGAGAAAGAAGAGUACGUUCACCCUACGGUGAAGCGCUCUUCUAACACCCUUAGCAUCAAAAGCUUGGAGAUGUGUACUGAGAGCUUAGGGAGCGAAACAGGCAGUGACAUUAGCGAAAGCAUUGAGGAACACUCGUUUUUCUUAUCAGAAAGCGAGAAUAAUAAUUCACAUCUAGCUCCGCGAUCCAAAUGUAAGGAGCUAGGCAAAAAACGUGACAGGAUAACAACUAGUUUUCCUCCUCCUAUGCCCUCCCUUAGUCGAACGAAUGGUGUCCAAAUGAUGAGGCCUCACCGCGAAGGUGGGCGUUUGAUCUUGAAAGCCACGACUGUCAGUGCUCCUAAGCCUUACUUCAAAGCAGAACGCGUUGACGGGAGGCUUAGGCUUUCUUUGUUGAAUAAUAAUACUGAACAUGAUGAAAAUAUUGAUGAAAGUGAUGAUUGUGAUAGAAAAUUAGUAAGUGAAAAUGGGUACGUAAGACCAAGCAAGUGCAAGGAAAAUGGGAGUAGGAUCAAAAGGAGACCUAGUUGGGAUCCUUUUCCUAUAUGCUUAUUGAUGUAUUUUGGCUUAUUAUUAUGCUUUUCUAUUGUAAUCUAACUACUAGAAUUUAUAA